UCAAUUCGGAUCUGUAAUUGACAAAUAAGACCGACACUGUCGGGCAUAGGAGACCAAAUUCGGUAAAAAAAAAAAUUGUACGAACAAAUUGUAGAUGCCUACAGACUACAGUGGCUAAGCCAAAUUCAGUCACGAUAGUUGCUUCGCUCUUUAAUUAACUAAUUUGGUCGAAAUUAAAUUAAAGCGGUUUGUUAAUUUUAUUUGUUACUGCAUCAAAAUCAAAUUUUUUUAAAUGUCAUUUUAGAAACUAUAAUAUGGACUUUCUUCAUAUAUGUAGAGUCUAGUUUCCGUUUGGAUCAUAUUCUAUAAUAAAUAAAUACAAUUUUACAGUUACAAAAUGGUAGAUGUAAAAAAACUAAUAUCUCUGGUGCAUGACCGCACGCCCCUGUGGGAUAUAAAAACAAAGAGCUACCACAAUAAGGAUGUUAGACGAAAACUUUGGCUUGAAAUAGCCACAGAAUUUGACACAACAAGUGAGAAUUCUUUUUUAAGGCUAAAUUAGAUUUUGUAAACUUAUUUCAAUCAAGAAAGGUUAAUCACCUUGUUUGGAACGCAUGCUCAAUCAUAAUGCUGUUUUAAUUAUUAUUAUUAUUAUAAUUAAGAGAUGUAGUAAAUAACAUAAGUAUAAGUAAAUUAAGUAUAGUAUAGUCAUAGUUAUUAGUAUAGUUUUAGUAUAGUAGUAUUCAAGUUAUACAAGUAUUACAAGAAUGUGAAUAAUAUUAAUAGUAAUAGUUAUAGUUUAAUAUUUUAUCACAAUCUAUCAUUUAAACACAUUUUAUUAAAAUUAAAACUAAAACAAAUGCCAAUACUAUUAUUAUUUUAUUAAAUGAAAUACGCCUCUUUACUUUUAAAUUUUCAUAAAUAGUUUAAGUUUUAAUUAAAAUAGGCAUACGACCUAAACCUUAGAAGAGUGCAUUGAAAUGAUUAUAAUUAUGUUGACAAUAGUCAAUACAAGGUGAUUAUUUUUUUCCUAAAAACUAAAACUCCGCUAUCCUUUAGACCCUUAAACCUUAAAGGAUAACGUUGGCAAGAGCUGGAUUAUUUACAGGUGUUCAAUGACAUCAGUUUAUAUUUCCGUAACAUACACCAUAGAACUAAUAGAAGAAGAAGUUAUACUAACUUAUAACAGUGAUAGAAUUAAAGUUAUUAAAAAGUUAUGAUUUUUUUCUCCCCCUUAUGUCCAUGUAAUUAAUUAAGUAAUUUAUACUACAGACUGUGAUCAAACUAUUACUCUUUUGAAACUAUUUGUUUUUAAGUAUUUUAAUUUUAAAAAUACAAAAUCAACCAUAUUUAUGGAGACACAAAUACAACAAUGUUGAAAUAAAAAAUAAAACACAUGAAUUGUGAUUUAAUUUUUUAUUUGUCCUAAAAUAACAAAAAAAUAUCAUGCAUGGAUAUAGGGUUUCAGAAACAACAGUUUUAUAAAUCAAAACCUUUUUUUUUUUGUAAAGGGAUGCACCUAUUACACUAAAACAGAAAGAGAUAGUGUGCUGCUAGCAAUUUUAUUAAUUACUGUUGAAAAACAAAAUUUUAAAAAUAUUACAACAUGAACCAGGUCAACAUAUUUGUACUUUCAAAUACUUAACUUUUAAACUACCGUACUGUAAUAAAGAUAUCGGUAUUGCAAUUAAAAUUUUCCUCAUAAAUAUAUGGUCAUAAGUCUCCACUGAAAGCUAUAACUAAGAGUACUUGUAGUAAUUAAGGUUCCAAUGUUGGAUUGUUCUCAUUUAAAUGUUAUAAUUUAUAAUUAUGAUAAAAAAUAUUACAGGUAUAACCUACAUUUUACAAAGGCAUCAAAAGUUAAGUCUUUACCUGUACUUAAAUUUCUAAUACCGGUAUAUGACUCUGAAUGUUAUUCUGUCAACAUGAAUCUAAAAUGAGAAAGAAUUAAUAAAUAGAAAGCUAAAAUAAUUAUGCUUUGUCAACAUCUAAGAGCAAAGAUAUAUAUUUGUUUUGUUUUUUAUUUUCAGCUGAAGUUGUGAAAUCAAAAUGGCAAAACCUGAGGGACACCUUUCGUAAAGAGCAAGUCAAACUCACAAAAAUGAAUGCAAAAAGUGAAGCUCUAGGUGAUACCCUAAAGCCCUUAAGCCGGUGGAAGUUUUACUCCCAGCUAUUAUUUCUCAAGGAUAAUUUUUCUCCAAGGCAAUCUAAAACCAAUAAACCUGUUACAAUUCUGUGCUAUGAGGGGUCUGACUUAAAUUCACAGCAGGAUGAAAAGGUGAUGGCUGAUGAGAGAAUCAAUUAUAAUGAUCUUGAUUCCAGCUCCAUUAGUGGGGAAACACAAGACACUGAAAUUUUUGGAAACACUGUUCAAAAAGACCCACUUCCUAGUAAAAGUCCAAUACCCUACAAAAAAACAAAUAUUCUAAGAAAACGAAAACAAGUUAUUCGUAGGUCGGAUACGAUAAAUGAACUUCUUUCUAUUGAGCAGAAAAAGAUCGAUCUUGUGGAAAAAAUCAACAGCAGAAGAAAUAAAGAUGAUGACUAUCAUUUCCUUAUGAGUUUACUACCACAUUUUCAUGAAAUUCCAAAAAGGAGGAAGCUUGCUACCAAAAUUAAAAUACAACAAAUUUUGCUAAAUGAGAUUAGUAAACAAGAAGUGGAAAGCUCCAGUUCAUCAGUUGAUUAUAAUUCUUCUUCUUCAGCUUCAUCACCUAAUAUGAUCCAAGUAAGCCCAAACAACACAGUAAUUUCUAUUGAAUCAGAUUGUAAUCAACAUCCUACCUAAAUGUCUUUCGUCUCAGAUUUUCUUGACAAUUCAUCCAUAUGAAUCAGUUUUUAAAAAAAAAAUAAUAUUAAAAAAUGUUCUAACUCUAAUAAAAAUACUAAUUUGUUUCCUUAUUAAUAAUUGAUUACUAUUAUAACUAGGAGACCAACAUUUGAACUGGUAUGCACCAAAGGGUUCAUACAUGCUUAAGUUAAGAACAUGAAUUCUUCCUGGAGGGUUGAGGCAGAUGAUACACCCCAAAUUUUAUUUCAUAUUUGCAUUAUUAUACUUUACUUUAUAAUUUAUGUUCAUCUACAUUUGAUGAAAUUCAAUAGCUAAAUUUUAAUAAUAUAUUUAAUUUUAUUAUGGGUAAUGUUAAUAUUAAGCUAUUGAAUAAGGUACCUGUAAUUAUAAUGCUUUACUUUAUAGCUAUUAUUUAUAGGAAGGAGUUUGUCAAAAAGUUAAAAAAAAUUAAAUUUUACAAAAAUAAAUACCGGUACCAGUAGUUAUUUCUCAUAAAACAGCACUUAAAUUUAGCCCAAUGUGUGUGUGUAUCUACAAUAAUAAGCCAAACAUCAUUAAAACAUACUAUUUUUAUAAUUUCUUUCAUUUAACUUUUAUGCCUAAAAAUAAAAAGUACACUGGGAGCUUGCUAUGAUACUUUGAUGUUUCUAACAAAUGAUUUUUGGUAAAAAAAAAAAAUAGAUUUGACAGUAUGGAAGAGAUUUUAGGAAGUCCCAUUCACCUAUGAAUUUCAAAACAUCAAAUACUGACUAAUCCAUGACUUUGUGAAAUUCAAUAUCAGCUGCCUGUAGGUGUCUUCUAAGC